GGGCUGAGGUUAGGGGGAGGAGCGGACGUCACGCGGGCAGCAGGUGAGGCCUCUGCGUCAACAUGGCCGCCUGCUGCCGACUCCAGGGGCAGUGGCUCCCUGAGCCUAACCGGAGCAGCCGUGGUCCCCGCCCCUCCUGCCGCCGCUUCUGCAGUUCGCCACACCGGCUCCCACCCGGCCACUGUACCGCGUUUUCGCUGCUGCUCUUCUUCCUCUGCUGGCUGUGCGGAAGCGCGGGGGCCGCUCCGGAACCGGGGCACUGGGCCGUUACCGUCAGCAAUGGAUCAAGACUAUUAAUAUUUAGGAAAACUAUGUUUAAUUCUACUGAAAUCAAACUUAAAAUUAAGUCAUUCAAUUGUCCUGAGCCUGUGAAUUUUACCAUAGAGUGGCAUUUGAAAUAUCAUGCAUGUCACAAUGAAUAUACUAAGAUGGAAGAACUGUUAGACAAACACAUUCUUAGUGGCAACGAAGACUUCUGUAAUGAUUAUUUCCAAGGAAAACAAUGUCGCAAGCAAAAAAGUGAACAUUUGAAUUGUGACAACAGUUUACAGAUGUUUCCUAUGUUGAGUAGUAAAGAGAAAACAGUAAUAAAUAUGAAAAAGUUUCCAGAUUUGCAAGGAUCAAUGGAUGAUGUUGUAGCCACAACAUGGAGGGAUGGACCACAUCUCUUUAUUAUUUCUUUUAAAACAGAAAAAGAAGAUACAAACUGGAAUUUGAGUGUUUCUCUUUCGAUGGUGGGCCUUCAUGGAUAUAUCUCUGCAUCAGAAUGGCCUUUAAUGAUUUUUUAUAUGGUGAUGUGCAUUAUUUACAUUUUAUAUGGUAUACUCUGGCUGAUGUGGUCUGCCUGUUAUUGGAAAGAUCUAUUAAGGAUUCAAUUCUGGAUUGCUGCUGUUAUUUUUCUGGGAAUGCUGGAAAAAGCAGUAUUUUAUGCGGAAUAUCAAAAUGUCAAUACCACAGGACUGUCUUCUCAAGGCUUAUUAGUGUUUGCCGAGUUGAUUUCUGCAAUUAAGAGGACACUAGCACGCCUCCUGGUUAUUAUUGUGAGCUUGGGCUAUGGCAUUGUGAAACCCCGUUUAGGAACAGUUAUGCAUCGAGUGAUUGGACUGGGUGCUCUUUACUUCAUUUUUGCAGCUAUUGAAGGCAUUAUGAGAAUUAUUGGGGUAAAAAGUGGCAACUUUUUAAAAAUUGUUUUUAAGACAUGUUAUACUUUGUCAAAUCUUUUGGGUCCUAACCAUGUAGCUGUUCUCAUUUGUGACAUUAUUUUAGCCAUUAUUGACUCCAUUUUUGCAUGGUUCAUAUUUGUAAGUUUGGCACAAACAAUGAAGACGCUUAAACUAAGGAAGAACACAGUGAAAUUUUCACUCUAUAGACACUUCACAAAUACUUUGAUUUUUGCUAUAUUGGCUUCUAUAAUAUUUAUGAUAUGGACAACUAAAAAGUUUAGAUUAGCAGAAUGUCAGUCUGAUUGGAUGGAACUCUGGGUUGAUGAUGCAUUUUGGAGAUUCCUUUUCUCUCUCAUUCUUCUAGUAAUAAUGUUUUUAUGGAGACCAUCAGCAAAUAAUCAAAGAUAUGCCUUUACACCCUUAAUAGAUGAUUCAGAUGAUGAAAUUGAAGAAUUCACUGUGGUAUCUGACAAUUUUGCUGAAGGCAUAAAGUUAAGAGCUUCAAAAACUGUUUCCAAUGGAACAGCCGUACCUGCUUCUUCUAAUAGUGUUGAUGAAGAUUUGAAGUGGGUAGAAGAAAAUAUUCCUUCCUCCUUUACAGAUGUAGCUCUUCCAGUGUUAGUGGACUCAGAUGAGGAAAUAAUGAUGACCAAAUAUGAAAUGUCAGAAAGAAUGUUAUCUUCGGAAAAGAUAAUGUGAUUAGAGCCUGCAUAAAUGAAGCCUAGUUAAUGGCAAAGAAUUAUUCUUAUCCGAGCCCUAAGAAAUCUUCACCAGCUAUGCAUAUAUGUUUAUAUGUAUUGUUAGUGUCCAGCCAUCUGGCCUUUUUGUUUUGCAUACAUGACACAUCUAUUUCCUAAUUCUCUGCUGUUUUGGGCUGCCCCAUACCCCCACCACCCCCAUAUCUGGAAUGCCUGUCUUCCUUCAGUCAUCUCUACUAAAGAGUAUUUGGUUUUCUUCAAGAUUCAGCUCAAGCUCAAGCACUACCUGCUACAAAAGGCCUUUCCUGGCCAUCUCUCCCUCCCAGCUACGAGUGCCUUCCUCCUAAAUUGUAUCCCUUUUGUGGGUAUAUAUAUAUAUAUAUAUAUAUAUAUAUAUAUAAAUAUAUGUAUUUAUAUGUGUUGAUGUUUGUGUGUGUGUUGUAUAUGUUACCUCUGAAGAAUGUAAACUCUUUGAGGGCAGGGACUGUUAACUUUUUUUUGUUUUUUAAAUCCAUAGCACCUAACAAGUUGCUUAGUGCAUACAAGGCAUUUAAUGCUUGUUGACUGGGUUUGUUUUGGGGGGGUUGAUGUUAUAUUAUCAUGGAAGAUAUACAUAUUCAUAUGAAGUGCUCUGGUAUUGGGAAGGAUUUUAUUUUUUUUAAAAGAUGGCUCUUAAUGUUUCUUAAGUGUCAAUUAGUUUGCUCUAGUUUUGGAAGCAAUUUAAAGUAUUACUUAUAAAAAGUGCAUAAAAAUCUAUCCUUGCCUAGUGGAUACUAUGUAUGCACUGUUUUGAGACAAUUUUCUUUGGAGUAAAAGUUUGGGGUUUCAAGAUAACUAUUUAUUUUUUAAAUUUUCAUACAAAUGCUCCUACUGUUCUCUGACACUUUUUUAGAAAGAAUGUGAGUCUUCUGUGGUAUUGCACAACUGUAUUUGUUCUCCUGAGUUUAUACUUUAUUAUUUGACAUUUUUCUUUUUUGUAUAUAAAAACAAUUCUAUAUUAAGUAAAAUUUGGGUAAAGUUGAAGUGCAAAUAUGUUUAUAUUUCUUGAUUUUGCUCUUUUGUUUAAAACAAAAGGAUAUUUUAAAUAAUUAUUUCUAAUAGAAUAAAAAUACUUAAUCUGUUUUAUUCUUUAAGACUGGGGAUGGUACAAGUAUUAUGUCAUUUCUGGUUUAGAGGGGUGAAAACCUGCUCUCCACUUCCAUUUGGAUUUCCAAAGCUAGUUAUACCAUCUCCAAAAAAUCACUCAGCUAUUUUUAUCAUUGUGUAAAUUAGCAUAUUGAAAAUUCAGUUUAGGGUGAUCAUAAAUAGCCCUAGAUAGCCAAGAUACUCAUAUUUAGGACCCAGGAAGCAAGUAGGCUGAGUGGUCACUUGAAACAUCUGCUUAUAUAUAUAUGAAGAAAGAGUAUACGCUACUGCUAUGGCUUUAUAAAAGACAGCUAGUCCAUGCUGUGGAGAAAGUAAUCAGACUUAAUAUGCUUGAGUUUCUAAGGAAAGAACCACCUCAUUUGUCCAUAUAACUUUGACCUCAUUUUCUGUUCUGACAAAUAUUGUGACAUCCCAUGGCUGAAUUUCUCAUUAUUAACUUUCUGAGUGUUGAAGCUUUCAAUCUCUAUCCUCAAUCAUUUUCAUAUGAUGAUUUUUAUGUAUUCAUAACUUGACAUCCUAAUGCAUACUUUCACAUUUUUAGUUUUGAUAUCUUUUUAUAAAAUAUAAAAUGUCCUAAACAUUAAUGUAAAGUGAAUAGUGAUCCGAUGAAAAUGUGAAUCAUCCACAAAUGCUAUUAAAUGCUGCUUUCAUAACCAAAGAAGGAGAAGGUUUUAAGUGGAAUUUAGAAUGAAAGUAUUUUAACUUGAUCUGUUUAUCUCUUGAAGGAGCUCUAUUGACCUGGUGAUUUUAGAAGUUAUUUAAGAAAAUGUAAGGAAACUAGCUUUAAAAAUCUUAACAAUAGCAGAUAUUUCUGGAAUUUUGUGGGAAGCUGAAAAAUUUUCCUUUUAAAAAUUCACUUAAAUCUUCUUAUUUGCCACUUUCAAGCUUGUGUAUAAGGAAGAUUAAUUCUUUUAUGUUUGUGAUUUUGGCAAAACGACCUCUGGUAUUCAUCAAAUAAAUGAAAGGACUUUCUUUGAAUAUAGGCCCAAUAAUUUAAAAUGCUUUAGGGGCAUGCCAUUGCUUUGGGAUGUAGGUUUUAGAAUGAAAAUGCUAAAAUAGGGCUGUGAACUUUCCACCAUGCAUAAGGUAAAUUUGUUCAUCACAAAAAUGAUACUUAAACAAAUGUAUUGGAUUCAAGUGUUUAAACACAGACAUGCAUAGGACAAAAAUACUUGGCCCCAAAAUUACCCUUAUUCAAAACUAUAUUUGUCCUAUGCAUGCCUCAUUGUCUUUCAGUUUCAGUUUGUUUUGCCAAACUCAGUUGAUUUUCUACUUUCUGGUUCCUAGCUCUUUACAUUGAAUACCUUUCGGUCCUGGGGGAAGGGGGAGUGGUGGUAGAGAUAACUGUCUAUUGUACUAUCCUGGUGGAAUUUGAAAAUUAAACGUUCUAGGUUACUUGGCUAUAAUAGCUAUGGGGUGGUGGUAGUGAUGAUGCUCAUUGUGAAUUAUAGGGAAAACUACCUCUGAAGCAACCUGACCUCUUUCCCUCCUUAAUGUUUGUAAGAGUACAUCCUUUUCCUUCUGUAAUCAAAAUCAUUUAAAAAGUGUUCUGACUCACUCUUUUCUCCCCACCCUCAGAGAAAGCAGUAUAUAUCUCUUCCCACUUGCCUCCAUUGGGGUGCAAUUUUACAUACAUGCUAUGAGAGUUUAUAUUUUUCAGGGGAUGGUGCUGGUUAGUAGAGCAGAAGCGAAAACACAGUUAUUGGCAUAGGUGAACUAUAAGAUUUAUGACAUAGAUUUCCGUAUUCAUCAUCAUUAAUAGGCUGAGAAUUUCUUUAAGAAGCUUCUAAGUAGCCUCAUACUUAAGAGGGCUUCAGAAGUUAGGUGGAAUACUAGACAUUAUAGCUUAUAGUGAAGCAGUUUGAGGAGAGAUUGUGUGGAGGGUCUUUAUAAAUGUUAGGACUAUUGAUAACUGUUUUAGUUGCUAUUGCCUAUGGCUGUCUCAGCCUGUGCCUUAUGGGAUAAGAUAGAGCCCUCUUUUUAACUCCUAAGAAAGCACUUUUUGAUCAGGUAAAAGGAGAUAACUUAUUAUUCAACUAGUCUUAUUAACUGCCUAUUAAAGAGAGAAUCUAAAGAAGUGUUGAUAUGGAUUCUUAUAUUUUGUCCUAUAUGACUGCCUCCUUACAGAAAAACAUUUAGAACAAAAAAGUGAUAAUUAUUGCUUUGAGUUAGAGUAAUGUAUAUUUUAUUUAAAGGCAAUGUGUUCACUUAGUUGAUCCAAAACCUAACUUUGUAUUAUUAAAUAGAUUGGUGGACAGAAUCUUCUAAGCCCUGUUGUUAUUGCAUAUAGCUUUUAAAGAAUAUAGCCUCAUAGGGACCCAGAAUAUUUCCUCUAUAAUACAAAAAAGUUGUUGCUGAUUGAUGAAUAGUAUUUGCUGUAUUUUUGUACCAUUGUAAUGUUAAGACUUUGUAUAUAAAUAUGCAUAUGAGGUUGAAAAUUUUAUAUCCUAUAUCCUGAAAAAAAUUUGGUCUUUUGUACCAGACUACAGUUGACAUUUUAGUUGGAGAAUGUUAUGCUAGAUUAUUAAGUUAAUACUUGUGAUUCCUUUUGGUAAUUAAGACCAACCAAGUAGCAAUAGAAAACACAGUAAGCCUUAAAUUAAAAAAGAAAGAAAUCAAUUUAGCCACUUGGUUAAAGUUCCAAAAAUAUCAUAUGUACAUGUGUAGUAAAAUGAGUUGUGGUUUUGUUUUUGUUUUGUUUUUCUUGUUUGUUAUUAAGGGAAUGAAUGUUUUUAAAUAUGUGAGGGCAAUACUGCAUUGAGUUGGUGCAGUUUUCUAAAAUUAGGGGAAUUUCAUUUGAGAAUGAGGUUAAGUUGGGGAUGACAUUUGAUAUUAUGAUCUUUUUGUAAUUAAAGAGUGAAUGAUGUCUUCAUAGAAAGUUUAUUUUGGGAGCAAUUUGUCCUGAACAUAGGAAACAACCAUUUGAAGAAUUUUCAUUACUUGAAAAAUUGAUGUAUUACUGUGCCUUAAUGUUUGUUCUGACUUUUAAUAAAAUCAUUUUUGAAAUUCUGAA